UUAUCACCAGCUAAUGCAGAGACGAAAUACAAUAGGGGGCAAUCAUCAUUAAAUACAGACGCCAGAACCCCGAAAAUAGAACCAAAUAUUAAAGAAAUGACAGAGGCAAAAUCGAUGGAAGAGGUCCCAGAAAACAUUGCAAGUAAAGUUCAGAAUGUACUCAAGUUCACAAGAGAUGCGGCAAGUGACUGGAAAAAAUCUGGCAACGAUUUUAUAAUGGACAUCUGGGAUUUCGGAGGACAACCGAUAUAUCAUGUGAUACAACGAAUUUUCAUGGUAUCUUUUGCCGUCGUUUGUGUGGUAUUUAACCUAGAAGAUGAUCUUGACGCCCCCGCUAAAGUCAGGGAUCCGACUACCGGUGAAAUGUAUCAACAUCGAAUGACAUAUCUUCAGUUUAUUCUGUACUGGAUUCGUUCAGUUUACACCAACAGUAGAGAUUCAAAAUUGGAUGAUGGGCAACUUUCCCCGCCAGUACUAGUGAUUGGUACGCAUUUAGGCAGCCUCGAAGGGAAUGAAGAGGAAAAGAAAAGAAAGGUAUGA